AUGUUAGAUUCAGUUAAUAAGAAACUUGACUUGCAUAAAUAUUUUAAUCGAAAUGCAAUUGCCUCAAUUCUAUCUGGUGCUCUCUUUGCAUUUGCUUGGUGGAUAAUUAUUGAUCUAACUUAUCAAUAUCCAUUAAAAUCAGAUUUCAACAAAAUUUACUAUAUAAUUGGUAUUGUUGCUACAUUUGCACUUAUUUUAGCCAAUUCUAUAUCGAAUUCACAAGUUCUUGGUGAUACUAAUGAAGACAAUUGUCUUGGCCAAUUUGGCGCACGAAGUCUUCUUUUCAUUUCAUUUUUACUUGCAUUCGGUUCAUUAAUUGCGAGUGCUUGGUUAUUAUUUGGUUACUAUAUUUCUCAUAAACAAGGAAAUCUCUAUCCAAUAGUUAUGAUAUUUGUUCAAAAUCUUAUUAUCUUCAUCAGCACAUUGAUUCUAAAAUUUGGUCGUCGUGAAGAAGUUAAUUAUUAA